GAAGUGACUCGCCGGAAGGAGCAUGGUUGCUUCCGGACCUGGCCAGCUGCGCACGCUGAAUUGCCCGCGCCAUGCAGUCCGAUGAUGUUAUUUGGGAUACACUAGGAAACAAGCAAUUUUGUUCCUUCAAAAUAAGAACCAAGACACAGGGCUUUUGCAGAAAUGAAUACAGCCUGACUGGACUGUGUAACCGGUCGUCCUGUCCCCUGGCAAACAGUCAGUAUGCCACUAUCAAAGAAGAGAAAGGACAGUGCUUCUUGUAUAUGAAGGUGAUAGAACGAGCAGCUUUUCCCAGGCGUCUCUGGGAAAGGGUCCGGCUUCAUAAAAACUAUGAGAAAGCACUGGAGCAAAUAGAUGAAAAUCUAAUUUACUGGCCUCGUUUCAUUCGACACAAGUGUAAGCAGAGAUUCACCAAGAUCACCCAGUACCUAAUUCGAAUUCGAAAGCUUACACUAAAGAGACAGAGGAAACUCGUUCCUUUGAGUAAGAAGGUGGAGCGGAGGGAAAAAAGAAGAGAGGAAAAGGCACUAAUAGCUGCUCAGCUGGACAAUGCCAUUGAAAAGGAACUGCUGGAGAGACUUAAACAAGAUACGUAUGGCGAUAUCUACAACUUCCCCAUCCAUGCCUUCGACAAGGCCCUGGAACAGCAGGAGGCAGACAGUGACUCUUCAGAUGCUGAGGAAAAAGAUGAAGAUGAUGAGGAAGAAGAUGUGGGGAAAAGAGAGUUUGUGGAAGCUGAUGAGGUGGAUGAGAGUGACAUAAGUGAUUUUGAGGAUAUGGAUAAACUGGAUGCCAGCAGUGAUGAAGAUCAGGAUGAGAAAUCCUCCAGUGAGGAUGAAGAAAAGGCCCUUGAUGCCAAACACAAAGGCAAAACGCCCUUGAAAGGACCUCUGCUGAGAAAACGAGCAUAUGUGGAGAUCGAGUAUGAGCAGGAGACUGAGCCUGUGGCCAAGGCCAAAACCACGUGAUUUCCCUUCAGAGAUUUAUAGCAGGACUGAACAUUUUGAACUUUAUCCUGUCCUCAUCACACACAGACCUCCAUUUUUACUCUUUAUGUUGUAUUUAACGCAAUAUUUGUGUUUUUGAUAUUUA